AUGGAUGCUGCGAUAAACACAAAUAUAUAUUUAGAACCUUAUAACAACUUAUUAGACAUAAAAUAUAUUCCUUAUGCAGUUUUUUUAUUUUCAAUACUUUCUUUUGUAAGUAUUAUUGCUUUGCUUGAUUAUAUGCAUCAAACAAAAAAAAUAAAAAAUCACAAAGUGGGUGUAUUGAUGUGUUUCAUAACCUCAGUUAAUUUAGGUCUUUCGAUUUUUUUUUUAUUGAUAUACUUUAAUAUAUGUUUGUGA